CGUCACACGACCGCGCCGCGCUCCUGCAUCUUUGUUUGAGCUGAGAAAAGAAAGAUUCCUGGUAAAGCAACCAAGAUCCAGGUGACACACUAUCGUAAAGAUGGCAUUUAUUAAAGAGGAGAGUGAAGAUAUUAAGAUUGAAGAAACAUUCAGAGUCAAACAUGAAGAUACUGAGGAACAAAUAGACCUGAUGGUGCUGAAAGAGGAGCGUCAAAAACUGAAUGAAAUGAAAAAGAAAGACAAAUUCAAGAAACAAAACGAUUGUGUAACUGGAGAAAAAUCUUUUAGUUGCUCAAAGACUGGAAAAAUGUCCUCAAGUAAAAAGGCUCAAAAGAGAGGAAAUAGUGGUUAUUUCACCUGCCAACAGUGUGAGAAGUGCUUCAGUCACAAAGAAGGUAUUAAAAGACACAUGAGAGUUCACACAGGAGAGAAACCUUAUGCCUGCCAACAGUGUGGAAAGCAUUUCAGUCAAAAAGUAACUCUUAAAAGCCACAUGAGAGUUCAUACUGGAGAGCAGCCUUACACAUGCCAACAGUGUGGAAAGAGCUUCAGUCAACUUGGAAACCUUGGAGUACACAUGAGUGUUCACAGUGGAGAGAAGCCUUACAAAUGCCAACAGUGUGGGAGAAGUUUCAACCGAAAAGGAAACCUUUAUUGCCAUAUGACAAUUCACACUGGAGAGAGCCUUUUCACCUGCCAACAGUGUGGAAUAAGUUUCACUCAAAAAGGAAGCUUUAACAGACACAUGAAAAUUCACAAUGGAGAGCAGCCUUAUAUGUGCGAUCAGUGUGGAAAGAGUUUUGAUCAACGUGAAAACCUUACAGUCCAUAUGAAAACUCAUAGAGAGAAACCCUACAUGUGCCCUCAGUGUAAAAAGAGUUUCCGUCAAAAACGACACUUUGAAGACCACAUGAGAAUUCACUCUGGAGAACAACCCUUCACAUGCCCUCAGUGUGGACAAAGUUUCAAUUAUAAACGACACUUUGAAGACCACAUAAGGAUUCACACUGGAGAGAAGCCUUUCACAUGUCAAGAAUGUGGAAGAAGCUUCAACCGAAAAGGAAGCCUUAACAGGCACAUGAGAACUCACACUGGAGAAAAGCCGUUUAUAUGUGGUCACUGUGGAAAGAGCUUCAGAUAUAGAGCAGCCCUUAAAUACCACAUGAGUUUUCACAUGUGAAAGAAUUGUGGAAAGUUUCACAGACAGGAAACAUAUUAGGAAUCAUCUAAUAACAGCAGACAGAAGCCUUUACUGACCUUUAUUGUUUUCCACACCCUCUGGAAGUGGUUGAAAAGAAGACAGCUCAAAACAUUGGCACAUGUAUUUAGAGGUGUACUUAUGAUUGGAAAACACAUCUUAAUGGCACAUGUGAACUUGAAUAAUAUGUAAAGGUGCUGCACGUUUUCUUUUCAUUAACAAAAUAAAUGUGGUGAUAAAACUUUUAUAAAAACAUCUGAUCUUAGCAAUGUGGAUAUUGUAACAGUGUUGCCUAGGGGCCGCUUGUGUGCCUUAUUUGCAGGUAUAAAGUCAGCUGAAUUCAUGAGGAAUGACUCAAUAUCAUAUAUAGAAAAAGCUAAUUUAUUAAAGAGCACCUAUUAUGCAAUAACUUAACUAUAAAAUCAGCUCUUUAAAAAGAGUUCUUAAUUAUUACAAAUGAUUUUCAGAAAAAAAUAAGUACCCCGAGUACAUCCGUCCUAAUCUCAGAAAUAAGAAUAUCGCAUUUUAUGUCAGCAAUAUGGUAAAAUUACUUUGUUUCACUUCUCAUUUCUGCAGAAAAACAGAUUAGUAGUCCUAAUGUUAUCGCAUAAUUCCAUCAGUUCUACAUGAUUUACAGUUGUAAUGUCUUUUUGCUGUGUGUUAUCAGUCAGAUUUUAGUAAUAAUAUAUCUGCUUUCCAUCUUAAAAUUAGACACUAUCUGUUUUGUUUUGUUUUGGUUUUGUGUGUGUGUGUGUGUGUGUGUGUGUGUGUGUGUAUCCAGCUUUGCGCUGUUGUUUCACUUGCAGUAAGGACGGCUGCAUGACCUUUACCUGUCUCUUUUUAAGUUUGUGUAUAUUAUAACCUCAGAUCGAUAAGGUUUCUAAUGUGCUCUUGUAUGCACGCGUGUGUUUGUGUGGAGGAUGUGUUGCAAUAUCAGAUAGCUGCUUUUGAAAUGAAUGACUGGGCUGUACUGACUUCUCUUCUUAAUUAAGUAAGAACCUUAAAUAUGGUUAUCAACACUGACUAUUCAUAUCUGCUGUUCUGGAGAAAUUUUGACAUUUCCUCUGUGUUGCUAUGAGCAGCUGUAGUAUAAAUGAAAAUAAAUAAAAUGCCUUAGUAUUUUUUUUUUUCAAUUACUUUGGUAUAUUUCUCCAAUCAUACUUAACAUCUGCAAACCAAAUAUCUGCAAAUAAGGGCAUUUCUCAA